AUGUCGAUAUUGAAUGAUAGUUCAGGCUUGGGGUCUCCCUUACAAGACACCAUCCUGAAGUUUGAGAACAGUAGUAAGAGUAAUAUCCCCCUGACGUUAAAAGAUGAUAUAGAUGUACAGUCAUUAGAGGGACUGGAAGGUGAAGAUAUAGAAGUUCCUAUUAUGUCUGAAGGUAUUGUAGAAGAUUCUGGAAAUAAAGAUAUCAAUGGGUCGGGGAUUGAAGGUUCUGGAGAUGAACCAGGUAAGGAAACCCCUGGUUCUUUACCUAGAAUCCCUGCUACGUUUGAUUUUAAUGAUUUGAAGGAAGAGAAAGAUUAUAAGACCACCUUGGACCCAGGACUUCAACUAGAUAAUGGGAUUCAAGGGUCUGGAGGUGAACUGACGGACCAAACCCCAGAUUUGGCCCCUUUACCCCCAUCAGCUGAUUUACAAAAAGAUGUAUUAGGGAAGAUUACCACUACGGAGGAUGAUAUUGAUGAUAGUUUUAUGACUUCAGAGUCGGUAGAGAUCUCUGAUGAUGAUAAUAAACCCGUAGGAGCUCAAGGGAAGGGUGAAGAGAUGAAGGUAGUGCUGGAUCAGAAUAUUGUAGCACUGGACCAGAGUCUGGACCAUAAACCCGUGGUAAAUACUAAGGACUUUGUACCGGAGACUUCCAUCGGUUCGAGGAAAACCUCAGGAAAGACUUCCGUGCCUGUAGCAUCAACUCCUGGACCCGUAGCAUCAGAUGACGAUAAAGAAAAUGAUGAUACUUUGGAUCUCAGUCAAAAUACCAUCGAUAUAGAAGACCUUCAUAUUGAAAAGAACGGUACUAACGAUGGUCAAAGACUUUUAUCCAGUGCUACAGUCAUAAGGAGUCCACCACCACCACCAAACCAUUCCAGUUUCCCUGUACCACCUCAACCUUAUACUCCUAAAGCUUUCAGUUCAUCUACUACCACACCUAAUAGAAGUUAUAACCAAACUGCUGCUAUGACACCUAUAAUGAACCAGGGGGCCAAAUAUGGAUUUAAUAAUUCCCAUGGUACCGGCCAAUCACCAGCUUCAAGUCCUAGAGAUAACUUGGGCAUGGGGAUCUUAAACAAUGAUUCUUUAUCCCCUAGAAACAGCUUGUUGGGGUCUAAAAUGAGAAAAUCAAGUAGUCUGAAGGUUAAAGGGGUAUUCACCAAUAUGUUUGGUACUAAGAAUAAGUCCAAACCUCAAGAAUCAGUCAAUAUGAAGAUUUCUACUCCUUUCAGUUUCAGACAUCCUACCCAUGUCGGUAUUGAUAACGAUGGAUCCUUAGUGGGGGUCCCUACCGAAUGGGAAAGAAUGUUAAGUUCAAGUGGAAUCAGUAAGAGUGAACAAGUCCAAAAUCCUCAGGCAGUGAUGGACGUAUUGGCGUUCUACCAAGAAACUAAUGAACAUGGUGAUGAUUAUGCUUUAAAGAAAUUCCAGUAUAAUAAUUCCAGCACAUCUUUGAAUAAUUCUAUGACUCCACCAGGUACUCCUGGCGGUCCAGGAACUCCUGGAGGUCAUAGUAAUGGUAAUGGAAGUUAUUUCGGUUCUUCCAGUACUUUACCUGAAGGUAGUCUGAUUUCAAUGCCUCAACAAUCUCCAGGGGGAAGUCCUUAUGAAAGUUCAUAUAUUCCUAGUAGACCAGCUCCAAGACCUCCUUCGGUAGGGUCAUCUACUAUGGUAUCACCAGAACAACAUAUUGUUCCACCAUCACCAAGUCAAACAUCUCCAAAGAAAAGUUUUAUGGGUAAAAGAUCCAUCUCCUCCAAAUCGAUCAAAUCUUUAAGAUCAAGAAUGACUAACGAGAAGCCUGUCAUCAGUAGCCCGAUAUCUCCACCAUCAUAUCAAGGGAUCCCUAAAUCCAAAUCUCAUAAUAAUUCUUUAGCUUCUCAGGUCCAACCACCUCCUGGUAAUAAGAUUUCAACUGCCCCCAUCCCUCCAACAGCCAAAUUUGAAGGGGAAUUCAAACAUAGACCUCCACCUCCACCUCCAAAUAUGACACCUAAACAUAUUCAGAAACCUAGAGCUCCACCACCACCACCUCAAAAAGUUCCUGUGACUCCAAAGGAACCAGCUCCAAGUUCAAAUCCUGCUACCACCAAUCAAGGUUCAACUUCUACACCAGUUGAAUCCCCAGCUCCUACUGCCGUCCCACCAACUCCUUCUAAAGACGAUAAGAAGAAACCCGUUAGAGAUGCUAAACAAGCAGCUUUAAUAGCUCAAAAGAAACGUGAAGAUAAAAAACGUAAGAACCUUCAAGUAAUGACCAAACUUCAAAGUAUCUGUAGUGAAGGAGAUCCUAAUCAAUAUUACCGCGAUCUCGUUAAAAUCGGUCAAGGGGCUAGUGGUGGAGUUUAUAUAGCUCAUGAGAUCCAUAAUAAAGCCAAUACCGUAGCUAUCAAACAGAUGAACUUGGAACAACAACCAAAGAAAGAAUUGAUCAUCAAUGAAAUCUUGGUUAUGAAAGGUUCUAAACAUCCAAAUAUCGUCAAUUUCAUUGAUUCCUACUUAUUGAAAGGUGACUUAUGGGUGGUGAUGGAAUACAUGGAAGGUGGUAGUUUGACGGAAAUCGUUACUCAUUCGGUGAUGACCGAAGGUCAAAUUGGUGCUGUUUGUAGAGAAACUUUGAAAGGUCUUAAGUUCUUACAUUCUAAAGGGGUUAUUCAUAGAGACAUUAAGUCAGACAACAUCUUGUUGAAUAUUGACGGGAACAUUAAAAUGACCGAUUUUGGGUUUUGUGCACAAAUCAAUGAUAUCAACUUAAAAAGAACCACAAUGGUAGGAACUCCUUAUUGGAUGGCACCAGAAGUUGUCAGUAGAAAAGAAUAUGGACCUAAAGUUGAUAUUUGGUCGUUAGGGAUCAUGAUCAUUGAAAUGAUUGAAGGUGAACCUCCUUAUUUGAAUGAAACUCCGUUAAGAGCUUUAUAUCUUAUCGCCACCAAUGGUACACCCAAGUUGAAAGAACCUGAAGCAUUGAGUCACGACAUUCGUAGAUUCUUAAGUUGGUGUUUGAAAGUAGACAGUAACAAACGUCUUGAUGCUGACCAAUUAUUGAAGGAUAAAUUCAUUUUGGAGAGUGAUGACGUCAGUCUGUUGAGUCCUUUGGUUAAGAUAGCUAGAAUGAAGAAAGCUAACGAAGAAGAUUAG